ACGUGCUCAUGUCAGCGAAAGUUGGCUUAUAUGAGCCAAUAAACGGCGAGCUGAUGUACAUGACAUUAGCCAUUGGCUGAUUCAAAAAGUAAGCAUUUUGAGCGCUAACGGUCUGCAGUUUCAACCGUGUUAGUGUGGGAGCAGACGGCUUCGGUGAGUUGUCGACUAACUCAGCUUGAGAUAAUGGCCGAAAGCGAACGCGGUGAUGUCUCUGAACGUUACGAAUUCGAUGCCCCAUCCCAAGUUGUCGACCUGAAAGAACUGGAAAAUGCUGAAAGCGACGACAAGUGGUUUGAAGAACAGGCCAUGGGAGCAGAUGCGCACCUUAUAACACCUUUGAGACUUGACCGACCCUUUAUGAGAGGUGAUAGGCACAGCCUGCCAAGAGCCAUCGUAAUCCCACAAGUCAAGACAGAUGUGGAUUCUGGUCCUAGCACAUCCACAGCCCUCCCUCCCAACAUUGUCACAUCCUGGGGUGCUGGAAGUCCUGCUCGGACAAAUGCCCGACCAAAGAGGAGCACUGCUAAUCAACUCCCUGCUCAACCAUGCAGGGUUUCCAAACGUAAAGAGCUAAACAGCGGUCCAGCUGCACCACCAUCAAAGAAACACAAAAAGAGUCCUGUAGCUCCACCAGCCCCAAAACGCAGCAGUGUUUCACGCAGAAAUGGACAGCUAAAUUCCAGGGCUGUACCCAAGACCCGUGCAGAAGCUUCCACUACUACAAACACAGAGCCAAGUAGCUCUGAAGAACAGGAGCUUGAACGAAUCAGGAACCUCCAGAAGGAAGUGGCUCUGCAUCGCAAGAAGAAUGAGGCCAGCUACAAAGCUGCUCUGGCUGGCAAUCCGCCACCAAAGAAGAUGGUCCUAUCAACAACAGUUCCAAAAGAAUUCCAUUUCAACACAAACACCCGCGUUAAGGCGACCACUUCAUCCAACAAUGGCCACAAGGAAUUGGACUUCAUAACUCAGCUCCGCAAGCCCUCCUCACCAGCAAAGGCUAUGAAAGGUGCCACGGUGCCCAAACCCUUCAACCUGUCGAAGGGUAACAAGAGAAAGGUGGAGGAGCCAUCUGUCUAUGUGCCCAUGGCUCAGCAGAUACAGCAGUUUCAGAAACGAACCCCUGACCGCUACCAUUUGCGCAGUCGCAAGAGUCAAGAGAGAGGACCAUCCCCAAUGAAGGGUGACCACCUUAAGCUCACCCACCCUCACACUCCACACCUGAUGACCAACCAGAGAAGCCGGCCGCCUGCUGUAAAGAGCACUGCUGAGCUGGAGUCUGAAGAGUUGGAAAAACUUAACAAGUUUAAAUUCAAGGCCCUGGAGCUAAACAGGAAAAUAUUAGAUGGCGUAGAGGGCCUAAAGAAACCAGCAGUGAAGGAACCCACUGUACCUGAAGGAUUCGAGUUGCAGAUUGAAAAAAGGCUCCAGGAGAGACAGGCCACAAAGCCUCAAGAGGAAGAGAAGCUGCAUGUCUUUAAAUCCCAGCCUCUACCCAAAAAGAUCCUGGAAGGAGUAGUGGGUUUGCCAGAGAGGAAGGUUCUGCCUGCAACCGUGCCAGAGUCUCCAGCUUUUGCUCUCAAGCAUAGGGUCCAUAGGGAACCCAAGGUUGAGGAAGUCAAACAGCAUUCACCAGUCAAGGCCCCCCCAGUGCCUCACUUUGGCCUCCCCUUCCAGCCCCGCCUACCAGAGAACCACCAUGUGGAGGUCUGUCCUUUCUCCUUUGAGGAGAGGGAACGAGAGAGGAAGGUGUUGAAAGAGAAAAGACUGGAAGAUAAGCGAAAUGAGGAGGUACCUCAGUUUAAGGCACAGCCACUUCCAGACUUUGACACUGUGAACCUCCCCGAGAAGAAGAAGCUGGAACCCACCAAGCCGGAGCCCUUCAGACUGCUCAUAGAUGAACGUGGAGCCGCGAGGACCAGUCGCUGGGAGCAGAUGGUAAAAGAGGAGCAGAAACAACAGGAGGAAGCAGCAGUGUUCAAAGCUAGGCCCAACACAGUCACUCUUAAAGAGCCUUUCCAGCCCAGAAAGGAGAGCCGGGCUACUGUGGAACUCAUUCAUUCUUCUACAGUUGUGGAGGUCUUUGAGCUGUCUACAGAGAGGCGGGCCCGGGAGCGGCAGGAGUAUGAGCGACUAGCCAGUGAGAAGGAGGCUCUCAGGACAUUCAUGGAGGAGGAGCAGAGACGGGAGGAGGAGCAGAGGAAGAAGGAGGAAAUUUCCAGGAUGCGGCAAGAACAGGUUCACAAGGCUCAGCCCAUCAGACACUACAAACCUGUUGCACUGAAGAAGAGUGAAGUUCCACUCACAAUUCCCCAGUCCCCAAACUUCUCUGAUCGUUUCCGCCUGUGAGCUGCUUGCCUCAUUCUACUCAGCAGAAAAGUGACCAGAUUCUAACUGUUUUUAUUUUGUACUUUUAUUUUUCUUUUUGGGGCAAAAGCCCUUGAAGUUAGUUGCAUCCAUUUCAGAUAGUCAGUCAGAAUACUGACUAUGAAAUUGUGAAUACAGCUGCAAUUCAAAAGGACUGAAGCUCAGUUUUUUUUUUGUUUUUUUUUUUUCAGUCUUUUCCACAUUGAGCUUUAGAUUUUAACCAUUGUUGUACAUUAUUUUCUGUCUCUCUGUUUUUCUAUAUUAACUCUCUUAAAUAAAGGCUUUAAUGUUA